AUGGGUUCCCCUUUCUUUCAGCAUUCAGAUUGGGGGACGUUGAAGGAGACAGGUGAUAUUCUGUUUGAACCAUUUUCAAGCAAAGAUAUUUGUUGUGACCCUUUCCAUGACUAUCUUUCCUUUGAUAUGAUUGAGCACUCAAGGGAUCCACAGGAACCGAGUGAAGUGAUUGAAGCUGUGGAAGUGGUGCAAAGUAAUAAGCAGUGUUAUAUUGGGGUAAGGAGAAGAGCGUCGGGAAGGUUUGCGGCGGAGAUCAGAGACGCCACGAGGAAAGGUACCAGAGUUUGGCUUGGAACGUUUUCUAAUGCAGAAGAAGCUGCUUUGGCUUAUGAUCAAGCUGCAUUUCUCAUGAGAGGAUCAUGUGCACUGCUGAAUUUUCCUGUCAAAAGGGUUAUAGAGUCUUUACAUCAACUCAAUUACUUUGCUUGCAACCAAGCCUGCUCUCCGGCAUUGGAACUCAAAAACAGGCACAACAUGCGACGAAAAUUAUCGUCAAAGGCUAAGGAAACUAAAACCUAG